UAGAAAUCAAUUAAUUUUGAGACUUUUUCAGAGAAAGAACUGAAAAUGUUAGGCUUAAAAGUGCUUGGUUGCGUUUUAUUAAUUACCAUAAUUUUACCUCGGACACAGUCUGAGCUGGAUCUGAAAUCAAUUGCCCGUAAACUAGAUAAUCUCUACGAACAAAAAGUGAAGCAUAAACUUGGUUUGAUUGAGAAAAAAUGGAGGUUUAUUCUAGGAGACAGGAUCCGUAAAUCUUCUGACUGUAGAACAGAAUGGAAGGAUGAGAAGCAGCCACACUGUGAAAUUAAAUAUGAAGAGAUUUGUGAGAAUGUGAUGGUCCCUAAAUGUACUGUUGAGUACAAUCAGAAGUGUAGUCAGCAGUACACUGAGAAAUGUACUACAGGACACAACACAGAGUGUACCCAGCAUAUGGAUGAGGAGUGUAGGGAUUGGGAGGAAGAGCUGUGUAAAGAUAUUCCUGAAAACCAGUGUAAGACGACCUACACCAAGUCUUGCGGGAAGCACGUUGAGAAACAGUGUGCCAUGGAGUACGAAAACCAGUGUCAACAGACCGUUGAGCAACAGUGCAGGGUUGUACAGGAUGAACACUGCUGGGAUAAGCCUAUGGAACAGUGUAUUGACGUUAUGAAGGAGAAAUGCUGGAUUGAACAAGAACAAAGUUGUUCAGUUAAACAAGAGUGUUCAACACAGUACAAGGAAGAGUGCACUACCCUCAUGAAAACAGUUUGUCCUAAAAAGGAACAUGGAAAGAAGGAACCUGAGGUUAAAGAGGAACCUGAGAUUGAAGAGGAGAUUUUAGAAUCAAAAUGGAAAAGAUCUGCAGCUGUAGCAGGAUUAUCCCCAGAAGAUGCGGCCAUUAAGAAAGCUUUAUCACGUGUGGGUCAGCUUCGUAAGAGCAGCAGAAUGCCAGCUGCUGUGCAGCCCAGUGUUCAGCUGCCAGCUGCUCUUGAGCCUAUUGUUGAGAUGGCUCGGAGAAAACGCUCUACCUUCAACGACCUGAUUUAUAAACUUGUCUCAAAGGCCGGAGAUACAGGUUGCUACCAGGUUCCUGAAGCCCAGUGUUCCAAGCUUCCCUACGAGGAUUGUCAUAAUAUCCAGAAAUGUUCUUACAAACCAAACAAGAAAUGCACGAACGUUCCUCACAAAGAAUGUAAUAAUAUUCUAGUCAAAAACUGCACAACGAUUCCGAGGAAUGAAUGUUGGGAUGAAUUUGGAGAACACUGUGAACAGGU